AGCAGCGAGUCAAGAUGAGAGUUCAGCAGCAGCGGCAGCAGAUGCAAGAAUGAACAAUCCGUCAGAAAACAGUAAAUCAGCGGAGAGCGGGGAUGGAAACACAGGCGCACAAACAAAUGGUCUGGACUUUCAGAAGCAACCAGUGCCUGUCGGAACACCAAUUUCAUCAGCCCAAGCACAGGCCUUCCUCGGACAUCUCCACCAGGUCCAGCUCGCUGGCACGAGUUUACAGGCCGCUGCACAGUCCUUAAAUGUACAGACUAAAUUCAAAGAAGAACCUGGGGAGCCUCCUCAAGCGGUCCAGCCUUCGCAGCAACCCUCCUUGCAGGCGGCCAUACCCCAGACACAGCUUAUGGUGGCCGGUGGACAGAUCACUGGGUUAACACUGACGCCGACUCAGCAACAGUUGCUCCUACAACAGGCGCAGGCACAGCUGCUGGCAGCCGCCGUACAGCACUCCGCAAGCCAGCAGCACAGCGCCGCUGGCGCCACCAUCUCAGCCUCUGCUGCUACCCCAGUGACACAGAUACCUUUCCACCAGCCACUACAGAUUGCAUCGGAUCUGCAACAGUUACAGCAAUUUCAGCAGCAAAAUCUUAACCUGCAGCAAUUUGUACUGGUGCAUCCGACGACCAACCUGCCGCAAGCGCAAUUCAUCAUCUCACAGACGCCACAGGGGCAACAAGGCCUCCUGCAGGCACAGAAUCUCUUAACACAGCUACCUCAGCAAAGCCAAGCCAACCUCCUGCAGUCUCAACCAAGCAUCACCCUCACCUCACAGCCAGCAACCCCCACUCGCACAAUUGCUGCGACCCCUGUACAACAUCUUCCACAGAGCCAGACGACACCAAAGCGAAUCGACACUCCGAGCCUGGAGGAGCCCAGCGACCUGGAGGAGCUCGAACAGUUUGCAAAGACUUUUAAACAAAGACGCAUCAAACUCGGAUUCACUCAGGGUGAUGUGGGGCUUGCUAUGGGCAAACUCUAUGGAAAUGACUUCAGCCAAACUACUAUUUCUCGCUUCGAAGCCUUGAACCUCAGCUUUAAAAACAUGUGCAAAUUAAAGCCCCUCCUGGAGAAGUGGCUGAACGAUGCAGAGAACAUCACGUCGGAUUCUGCUCUUUCGAGCCCCAACGUCAUGAACUCCCCAGGUCACGGGAUCGAGGGGCUGAACCGCAGGAGGAAAAAACGCACCAGCAUAGAGACCAACAUACGCGUGGCCUUAGAGAAGAGUUUUCUGGAGCAGAACCAAAAGCCUACCUCGGAGGAGAUCACCAUGAUUGCCGACCAGCUGCACAUGGAGAAGGAGGUGAUCCGUGUUUGGUUCUGUAACCGGCGUCAGAAGGAAAAAAGGAUCAACCCUCCCAGCAGCGGUGUAUCCAGCAAUUCUCCCAUUAAAGCAAUGUUCCCAAGUCCGACUCCUUUGGUGGCCUCUACACCAAGCCUUGUGACAAGCAGUUCAGCGACCACGUUAACUGUAAACCCUGUGCUGCCAUUAACCAGUGCCGUGACCAGCUUCUCAGCCACUGGCACAACAGGAACUCCCACAGCGAACACAGCAACCGUGAUAUCUACUGCACCCCCAGUGUGCUCUGUCCUGACAUCUCCGUCUAUGAGCCCGUCGCCAUCCGCUGGAGCCAUAGAAGUGUCCAGCGCAAGCGACACCGGUACAACGCACUCCAACCCCAUCACCUCCGCCAUAAACUCUGGCCAAGUGGUAGUGACGACAUCUGGAUUCCACAACGCAGCCGCCACAGCACUACAAGGCAACGCAAGCCUAGCUGCCAUGGCCGCCGCCGCCGGUCUCAACCCUGGGCUGAUGGCAUCCCCACAGUUUGCUGGAGGUGCCUUAUUCAGUCUCAAUCCCGGGACGUUGGGCAGCGCCCUCAGCCCUGCCCUGAUGAGUAACAGCACGCUGGCAACAAUACAAGCUUUGGCAUCUGGUGGAUCUCUUCCAAUAACAUCACUGGAUGCUAGUGGAAACUUUGUAUUUGCCAACGCAGGAGGAACGCCUAACAUUGUGACUGCACCCUUGUUCCUCAACCCUCAGAGCCUCUCCCUGUUCACCAGCAGCCCCAUCAGUUUGGUCUCUGCAGCGUCCGGAGGGGCAGCCAUGCCCAUCACAAGCCUUCACGCGGCCACCUCUUCAGUCGACUCCAUCCAAAACUCUCUCUUUACAGUCGCCACUGCCAGCGGACCUGCUUCCACCACCACUUCAGGCUCCAAAGCCCAGUGAGCCCAGGCGAAGAGACCCCUGUCCGCUAGUGAUCAACUAACCAGGCGAAUAACGGCGCAAAGUGCUCGCUCUCUUUCUUUCGGACAGCAUGGGAGAGCUCCGUACGUAAAACAUAGUGGUUGAAGGGGGAAAAAAAAAGUCAAGAACAAAUAACAGAUGGACAUUUUGCCUAAUUUUGUAAUAAACUAUCUCUUUUCAGGAUAACCACUGAUCAGAGAACUUUCUAACCAAAAAUGUAAAAAAGAAAAAAAAAAAAAAAUCAAACGUUAAAAACUAAAAAAUUUGAAAAAAAAUUUCUCACACAAAGUGAAAGACUACUCAUCAUUUCCAGCAGUCUCAUGGACAAGUUGAGGUUGGUUGUUUAAACAGAAAAAUCUGAUAUUGGAAGGGGAAGUCGGAAUCUACUUUUUAUUAUUAUUUUUUGUAAUUAUCAUUUUGUAUAGGUCUGUUGUACAGACCCUUAUGUCAUGCAAGGUGUUUAUAGUCAUAUCGAAAUGUUGGGGGUUCCUUUUCGUAACUGGUACAAUUUAGGCAGGCCUGUAUUACUGAUGUUUUUGAGUUAUUUCCCCCCCCCCCCUCAUUAUUAUUAUUAUUAUUUUUUAUUUUUGUUUACUUGGUCCCUGACUAUUCAUGAUUUUCCAGGUAGACAGGUCCCCUCGGAGAUAAAUGCGCUCACGUG